UGGCUGACGAUCCCCGGAACACACUUUUUUUAUACUUCCAAAUAAACCUCUUCCUUAUUUAUUUUAAUAACUUUAUUGUGUAUCAACGUCAACCGCGUGUAUAAAAGUUUAUCCAUUCUCUUUAGUAAAGUAAAAUACUGGUGUGGGGUAGCAUUUAUACUAACAGUUCCCAUUCAGUUUAAUUCAGUAUAAAAAAAGAAAAAGUAGUAAAUCAUGGCAUCUAAUAUUCCUGCACCUCCUGUUACCUCUAUGGGUACUGCCUUUGCACCUACCACCAUUGGGUCACACAUUACGGCUCCUGCUGCCAAUGCUACUCCCAUCAGUCGUUCCCCUCGUUCUCCCACAGCUCCUCACCGUCCUGCAGCUGCUUUAGAAGAUCCUAAGGAUGUUACUACGGCUGCUCUCGUCUUGAAGGACGGUACCAGUUUCCAGGGUAUCUCUUUUGGUGCCGAAAAGAGUAUCUCUGGUGAAUGUGUUUUCCAAACUGGUAUGGUCGGAUAUCCCGAAUCUUUGACCGAUCCUUCUUACAGAGGUCAAAUUUUGGUCAUCACUUACCCUCUUGUUGGUAAUUAUGGUGUUCCCUCUCGUAAGGAAAUGGAUGAACUUUUGAAGGAUAUUCCUUUAAGAUUUGAAUCAAGCCGUAUUCACGUUGCCGGUUUAAUCGUGGCUAACUACUCUCAAGAUUACUCUCACUAUCUUGCUGAUUCAUCUCUUGCUACCUGGUUGAAGGAAAAUGACGUCCCUGCUUUGUACGGUAUUGAUACGCGUGCACUGACAAAGAAGAUCAGAUCUGAAGGUGUCUUGCUCGGUAAGAUCCUUUUCCCCAAGACCUCUUUUGACAGCGGAGUUUUGGAAACCGCUGCCUCCGCUCUUGGUUUCUCAAGCACAACUGCUGAAACUACUACUGACCGCUGGAUGAGAGACUACCAAAAUGUCGACUGGGUUGAUCCUAACGAACGUAAUUUGGUGGCUGAUGUUUCUAUCAAGGAACCCAAGAUCUACUAUCCUGAUCCCGCCAAUGCUAUCAAAGUUCCUUCAGGUCGUACAAUGCGUGUUAUCGCUGUUGAUAUCGGUAUGAAGUACAACCAGAUCCGCUGCUUUGUCUACCGUGGUGUUGAACUCAAGAUUGUUCCCUGGGAUUAUGACUUCCUUUCUGAACCCGAGGAUACCUAUGACGGUCUCUUCCUCUCUAACGGUCCUGGUGACCCAACCACAAUUGAUGUCACUAUCAAGAGAGUACGUCAGUACAUUCAAAAUAUCAAGAAGCCUAUAUUUGGUAUCUGUUUAGGUCAUCAGGUCAUGGCCCUUGCCGCUGGAGCCAAGACAAUCAAGAUGAAGUACGGUAACCGUGGUCACAACAUUCCCUGUACAAACAUGAUCUCCGGUCGCUGUUACAUCACUUCUCAAAAUCAUGGUUAUGCUGUUGAUGCCUCUACUCUUCCUGAACACUAUCAAGAACUCUUUGUUAACGCUAAUGAUGGCUCUAAUGAAGGUGUCAUCCACAAGUCUUUGCCCAUCUUCUCUGUUCAAUUCCAUCCUGAAUCUACCCCAGGCCCUCGUGAUACUGAAUUCCUCUUUGAUGUCUUUAUCAACACCAUCAAGGAAUGCGCUGAAACGAACACUCUUGUUUCUGUUAAGAUGCCUGGUGGUGUCAAGGCUGAAAACAUCAAGAAGAACCCCAGAGUUAGUGUCGAGAAGGUUCUCGUUUUGGGUUCUGGUGGUUUAUCUAUUGGUCAAGCUGGUGAAUUUGACUACUCUGGCUCCCAAGCUAUUAAGGCUUUGAAGGAAGAAGGUAUCUACACUGUGUUGAUCAAUCCCAACAUUGCCACUAUCCAAACUUCCAAGGGUUUGGCUGAUAAGGUCUACUUCUUGCCUGUCACCCCCGAAUUCGUGCGCAAGGUUAUCCAAUACGAGAAACCUGAUGGUAUCUAUGUCACUUUUGGUGGUCAAACUGCUUUGAGCGUUGGUAUUGCCUUGAAGGAUGAGUUUGAAAGCUUGGGUGUCAAGGUGCUUGGUACUCAAAUUGAUACUGUUAUUACCACUGAAGAUCGUGAUCUCUUUGCUCAAGCCUUGUACGAAAUUAACGAAAAGUGUGCCAAGUCAUCCUCUGCUGUCACGACUGAAGAAGCUCUUGUUGCUGCUAAAGAAAUUGGAUACCCCGUCAUUUGUCGUGCUGCCUAUGCACUUGGUGGUCUUGGUUCCGGUUUUGCUGAUAACGAAAAGGAAUUGGUUGAACUUUGUAACAAAGCAUUCGCUGUUUCUCCCCAAGUUCUUAUUGAGAAGUCUAUGAAGGGCUGGAAGGAAAUCGAAUAUGAAGUUGUUCGUGACUGUCAAGAUAACUGUAUUACUGUCUGUAACAUGGAAAACUUUGAUCCCUUGGGUAUUCACACCGGUGACUCUAUUGUCGUUGCCCCCUCUCAAACACUCUCUGAUGAAGAUUACAACAUGCUUCGUACCACUGCUGUCAAUGUCAUUCGUCACCUCGGUGUUGUUGGUGAAUGUAACAUUCAAUAUGCCUUGAACCCCUUCUCUAAGGAAUAUUGUAUUAUCGAAGUCAACGCUCGUCUGUCUCGUUCUUCUGCCCUUGCUUCCAAGGCUACUGGUUAUCCCCUUGCUUUUGUUGCUGCCAAGCUUGGUUUGGGUAUUCCCUUGAACGAAAUCAAGAAUAGCGUUACCAAGGUAACCUGUGCAUGCUUUGAACCAUCUUUGGAUUACUGUGUUGUCAAGAUUCCUCGUUGGGAUUUGAAGAAGUUCAACCGUGUCAGCACUGCUUUGUCUUCUUCUAUGAAGUCUGUUGGUGAAGUUAUGGCUAUCGGUCGUACUUUUGAAGAAACCAUCCAAAAGGCUAUUCGUGCUAUUGAUUAUCACUUUAUUGGUUUCAGCAAGAACGAUCAAGUAUCUGACAGUGACAUCGACUUUGAAUUGUCCAAUCCCUCUGACCGUCGUUUGUUUGCUAUUGCCAAUGCUAUGCACAAAGGAUACAGCGUCGACAAGAUUUGGGAGAUGACCAAGAUCGAUAAAUGGUUCUUGAACAAGCUUCAACGUAUCGUUAACCUUGACUUCCGUCUUGGUGGCUUCAACAAGACCAACGUUCCUGGCAACUUGCUCCGUUCUGCCAAGCAGCUCGGUUUCUCUGAUCGUCAAAUCGCUAACCAGCUGAACAGCAAUGAAUUCGCCGUUCGUAAGCUUCGUCAAGAGUAUGGUAUUACUCCCUUCGUCAAGCAAAUUGAUACUGUAGCUGCCGAAUUCCCCGCCUUUACCAACUACUUGUACAUGACCUACAAUGCAGUUGAACACGAUAUUGAUUUCGAAGACAAGGGUAUCAUGGUUCUUGGUUCAGGUGUCUACCGUAUUGGUUCUUCUGUUGAAUUCGAUUGGUGUGCUGUCCGUGCUAUUCGUACCAUUCGUGAAAAGGGCAUCAAGACUGUCAUGGUUAACUACAACCCCGAAACAGUCUCUACAGAUUAUGAUGAAGCCGAUCGUCUUUACUUUGAAAACAUCAAUCUCGAACGUGUCUUGGAUAUUUAUGAAGUUGAACGAUCCUCUGCUGUCAUGAUGUCUAUGGGUGGCCAAACUCCCAACAAUAUUGCCUUGCCCUUGUACCGUCAAAACGUCAAGGUUCUUGGUACAUCUCCUGAAAUGAUUGACAAUGCUGAAAACCGUUACAAGUUCUCUCGUAUGUGCGAUAAUAUUGGCGUUGAUCAACCUCGAUGGAAGGAAUUGACCAGCUAUGAAGAAGCUGAGGUGUUCUGUGAAAAGGUCGGAUUCCCCGUCUUGGUUCGUCCCUCUUAUGUCUUGUCUGGCGCUGCCAUGAACGUUGUCUUCUCCAAGGACGAUCUUGCUUCAUACUUGAAGGAGGCCGCUGCCGUCUCUCGUGACUAUCCUGUUGUUAUUUCCAAGUAUAUUGAGGAUGCCAAGGAAAUCGAAAUGGAUGCUGUCGCUUUAGAUGGUAAAUUGAUCUUCCACGUUAUCUCUGAACACGUCGAAAAUGCUGGUGUUCACUCUGGUGAUGCCACACUUGUCUUGCCUCCCCAAGACUUGGAUCCUGAAACCGUUCGCAAGAUCGAAACUGCUACUGCCAAGAUUGGUCGUGCCUUGAACAUCACUGGUCCUUUCAACAUUCAAUUCAUUGCAAAGGAUAACGAAAUCAAGGUAAUCGAAUGUAACGUCCGUGCUGCUCGUUCCUUCCCCUUCGUCUCCAAGGUUCUUGGUGUUGACUUGGUCGAAAUGGCUACCACUGCUAUGCUUGGUCUUCCUGUUGAACCUUAUCCCAAGGUCAACAUUCCCAAAGACUAUGUUGGUAUCAAGGUGCCUCAAUUCUCUUUCAGCCGUUUGUCUGGCGCUGAUCCAGUCUUGGGUGUCGAAAUGGCCUCUACUGGUGAAGUUGCCUGCUUUGGUAAAGAUAAAUACCAAGCUUAUCUGAAGGCAUUGUUGGCCACUGGCUUCAGCUUACCCAAGAAGAACAUCUUGCUCUCCAUUGGUUCUUACAAGGAAAAGCAAGAAUUGUUGCCUAGUAUCCGCAAGCUUUACGAAUUGGGUUACAACCUCUUUGCUACCACAGGUACUGCCGAUUUCAUUUCUGAGCACAACAUCCCUGUGAAGCACUUGGAAGCCUUGGACGGUGAUGGUGAUGACAAGUUGAAGGCUGAGUACUCACUUCAACAACACUUGUCCAAUAACUUGAUUGACUUGUACAUUAACUUGCCUUCUCGUAACCGUUUCCGUCGUCCUGCUUCUUACAUGUCCAAGGGUUAUCGCUCUCGUCGUAUGGCUGUUGACUACUCAGUUCCUCUCUUGACCAACGUCAAGUGUGCUAAGCUCUUCAUUGAAGCCUUGGCUCGUAAGAAGGACCACGAAGUCUUGACCAUCGACUACAAGACCUCCCACACUCAAGCUCAAUUACCCGGUUUGUUCAACAUCAAUGCUUACCUUGAAACAACUGAGGAAUUCGCUGACGUUGCCAAGGCCUCACUUGCUGCUGGUUUCACUCUUAUCUCUCCUAUUGCUCAAGAUGUGACCAACGAUAUCUCCCUUGACAAGUUGAGUGAUGUUGCACGCAAGGCUGCACACACUGAUUACUUGCUCAAUGUUACUGCUACUACCGAAAACGUUUCUCAAGUCAAUAAGUGUGCCUCUGAUGCUGCCGUUCUCUACAUCAACACGGAACGUAUCGAAUCAAGCAAGAUCUCUGUAUUUGAUACUGCCUUCUCGUCAUGGCCUGUCAACCAAUUGAUCAUGACCGAUGCAAAGGGUACUGAUCUUGCCUCUAUUUUGCUCUUGGCCUCUCUCCACAACCACAACAUCCACGUCACUAACGUGAUGAACAAGGGUGAUUUGGCUUUGAUCAAGAUGAGUAAGGAGAAGGGUUUGGCUGUCACCUGUGACGUUGCCGUUUACUCUUUGUUCUUUACAUCUGAAGACUUUGGUAACACCAAGCUCUUGCCUACCAAGAAAGAACAAGAAGCCUUAUGGAAGCAAUUGGACACCAUUGACUGUUUCACCGUUGGUUCUAUUCCUCGCAAGUUGGCCGCUGAACUUGGUCACAAGGUUGAUGCUGCUGCUGGUAUUUCUGAAUCUUUGUCUCUUCUCUUGACUGCAGUCUCUGAAGGUCGUUUGACUGUCAAGGACAUCACUGAACGCUUCUAUGAUAACCCCAAGUCCAUCUUUGGCAUCUCUACUCAGCCUGACACUUAUGUCGAAGUUGCCAUUGAUCGUGCCUCUGCUUGGUCCAAGCCUCAACAAUGGUCUCCUCUUGCCGGAAAGACUGUUCGCGGCUGUGUUGAAAGAGUUGUAUUGAAUGAUAUAACUGUCUUUAUGGACGGAUCAUUGGCCAACAAAUCCCCAUUGGGUCGUGAUGUCUCUGUUCAAGCUCAAGCUGUCCACACUGGUAAGGAAACUGGCAAGGAAGCUGAAAAGAAACAAGCCAAGCAAGUUAGCCAAGAAGCCGAACAAAAGGCAUUGGAAACCACUCCUGUUGAACAAGAUGACCGUGCUCGUGUCACCGACUCUAUCCGCCUGGCCGGUACUGCUGAUCAACAACUUGUCUCUCUUGAAGCUCCUCGCUAUGAAGUCUCUGCUUCACUCGCCCGCGUUGUCAGUCGCUCACCAUUCUACCGCAAGCAUAUCUUGCGCUCUUCUCAAUUUGACCGUGAUGACCUUCACCUCUUGUUUGCUGUUGCUCACGAAAUGCGUAACUUGGUUGAACUCUAUGGUUCUAUCAACUUGCUCCAAGGCCGUGUGAUCAGUACCAUGUUCUUUGAACCUUCUACGCGUACUUCUUGCUCCUUCGAAGCUGCCAUGAACCGUCUUGGUGGUAAGGUUGUUUCUGUGAGUGCAACCACUUCAUCUGUUCAAAAGGGUGAAUCACUUGCUGAUACUGUCCGUACUUUGGGCUGCUACUCUGAUCUCAUUGUGCUUCGUCAUCCACAACCUGGUAGUGCUCAAAUUGCUGCCAAGUACUCCAAGGUUCCUAUCAUUAACGCUGGUGAUGGUAUUGGUGAACACCCUACCCAAGCCUUCUUGGAUGUCUUUACUAUUCGUGAAGAACUUGGUACUGUCAACGGUUUAACCAUCACAUUGGUUGGUGAUCUCAAGAAUGGUCGUACUGUUCACUCCUUGGUCAAGUUAUUGACUUACUACCAAGUGACCAUCAACUAUGUCUGCCCCGAAUCUUUGGCUAUGCCUAAGGAAGUGGUUGAGGCUGCUACAGCUGCUGGUAUCAAGCAAAACUUCUACUCUUCCCUUGAUGAAGUCAUUGGUGUCACUGAUGUCUUGUACAUGACUCGUGUCCAAAAGGAACGUUUCGAAUCUGAAGAAGAAUACUUGCGUGUGAAGGAUGCAUUCAUUUUGAACAACAACGUAUUGAGCAAGGCUAAAUCUCAAAUGAUCGUCAUGCAUCCUCUUCCUCGUGUCAAUGAAAUUGAACCUGAAGUUGAUUUUGAUCAAAGAGCUGCUUACUUCCGUCAAAUGAGAUAUGGUUUAUAUGUCAGAAUGGCUUUAUUAGCUCUUGUCAUGGGUACUCUUCGUAGUUAAAUGCAAUGUAAAUUAUUUGAUUCAAUUUUAUACAUAUUAUAAUACAUAAAUAAAGCAUAUGUUCUCUUUUUUUCUCAGUAUACGGCUCAUUCUUUAUAAGUAAUAGAUCUAGAUUUGCAUUUGUUCAAACCUUCUCAAUCACACAACUAAGGUUUUUUUUUAUCAGUAAGCCCGACUAAAC